AUGGUAUUCGUUCGUCUUUGCAUCUCAAAUGUUGGAGGCCCUCCGAAAGAAAAUCAGGCGAAUCAACUCCUGCGGAGAGGCGGCUGGUCGGUAGGCCUCAUGCUGAAGCCCCAUGAUUUGGCAAUGCGGGAGGCCUACCGUCUCACCAACGGGUCGAUGUGUUCAACGAAUGGUGUGCUGCCACCAUCUACCCCAUUCCAGGACCAACUCAUACAGAGUUUCUUCACAUCAAAGAUGUCACUUGCCAGCCAGGUCACGACCGAUACUGCCAGAGCUGGCCGACUCGCUAGUCUAUUUCGCAAGAUCCUCAAUGGAAAUCGGAAAAUACAAUCUGCCAACGAUGCGAAACUGUUCUUUGAGGCUGCGCGGGCUCAAGAAGCGCCGAGCUCAUGCAUGGAGGCCAUCAUUGCCAGCAAAUAUGGCAUGAAUGCUCUGCAACUGGCCGCUCGCCUGGACCUGUCGGUCACUUUCAUGCAGGAACAAACGCUGCAUUUCCUCGCGUACCUGAUCGAUGAGAAUUUGAGCAUGCUCGCCGACGGCCAAAUUCUCCAACGGGCCCUGGUGGUCUUUGCCAAGCCGGCAACCUUCUGGAACGAGCUCCUCAUUGCUGCUCGGGGCGGUGCUCUCGAUGACGAAGCGUUCCGGGUCUUUUCUUGGUUCUGUCUUGAACUCUUGUCAUUACCUGAGACUGCAGAAGUGGAUGUUCUCGCCGAUAUCACGCCCCUGGCCCAGAGCGGAAAGUUCACCGAGUCAUCCUGCCCCGAGACCCGAAAGAUAGGCUAUAGGAUUCAGCGCCUCCUGCAACUCCGAACUUCUCCCAAUAGCAAGUCUGUUGAUGGUUAUGCCCCAGGUGGUAGACAUGACAACGACUUCGAGGACUUCAGAAAAGUCGCCGUCUAUCCGACCACGGACGAGUUCCUCUCAGCUGAGAGGCCGUUCUACCGUCGCGCAAAGGAGGUCUUCGAGACGGACAUGUUGGAGCGAGCCGCAGUCCACUUGGACAACACUUACCGGUUGACUCGAGAAGACCUUCUCGGGGAGCUGAGGAGUGACUGGCAGAUUGCACAAGGCCGGAAAAGUGGGCGGAGAUCUGCUCUGACUCUCCGCAAACUCUGGCCGAUAUAUCUGGAUUUGGGAGACGACAAGACACGAAAGAAGUGUUCCAUCGCGCUUGGAUGCGGUGCAGGUCUGGAGGAGCUUGGAAAAAAGCAGCCAAGUGCUCGGAAAAAGUGGCUCGAGGACAACAAAAGCUACCUGCGGCACCAAGCAUUCGGCGCCCUGUACCAAGGACAGGAGAUCUUCGGCUUCGCUUUUGUUGACCGCGACAUCGACAGUCUGCUCAAAUCUCCCCCGGUGGUCAUCCUGCAGUUCACAAACGACGAGGCCUUGAAAAGAGCCCUCUUGGCGUUGAAGAACACCCAGGACGUCAUGUUCACCCUGGUAGAUACGCCCGUAUUUGCGUACGAACCGGUGUUGGAGCGCCUCAAGGACAUGAAGGAACUCCCUCUACAAGACCAAUUGCUAGAUCCCUCGGAUGCCACGGAUGACUUCGUGCCACGUUCAGCCAUACGGAUGAUCAUAGAGCGUCUCGCUUCGAGCAACGUGGAAGUAUUGAUUAAAAACGGCCGCGUCGAUAAGAAAUUCCAAUUGGAUUACUCUCAACGUCAUUCCUUGAAAAGCGCUCUGUCUAGGAAGGCCAGCGUUAUCCAGGGGCCUCCAGGUACUGGAAAGUCGUUCAUAGGUGCCCUUGCAAUGCAUUUCAUCAUCCAAAGAACAGACUUCAAGAUCCUUGUCAUCACGUACACCAACCACGCCCUGGACCAAUUUCUUGAAGAUCUGCUCGAUCUUGGCAUCGAAGGAGAGGCCAUGGUCCGAUUGGGUUCCAAAUUCACACCAAGGACUGCUUCUUUGCUUCUCUCCAAGCAAAAGUCCGACUAUCGCCGUACCAAAGACGCGUGGCGUGUUAUUGACAGUCUGAAGGCAGAAGCUGCCUUACGGAGCAUGAGAUUACGCGAAGCCUUCAGAAGUUACAUCCAGUGCCGUCCCACAUUCCAUGACAUUCUGAACUAUCUCGAAUUCUCUGAGGACGAUUCACACUUCUUCGAGGCUUUCAUCGUACCAUCUGACACCGAUGGUUACAAGAAAGUCGGAAAGAAGGGGAAGGCUAUUGCUGAGGAUUAUCUAUACCAAUGUUGGAGAUGCGGUCAAGGGCCUGGUAUAUUUACGCUCCAUGCUCUCAAGAAUCACCCGAGCGUGUGGAAUGUUGCACCCCUUUCGCGAUUGAAAUACAUUGGGAAAUGGUUCUCGGCCAUUCUCCGGGAGAAGGCUGAACGUGUUCAAGAACUCGCUAGGCAGUACGAUCUCAUACAACGGCGCAUGGACACCCAUUUCAAAGAGAAAGACGUCUCAAUUUUACGUUCCAAGCGUAUAAUUGGCUGCACAACCACCGCUGCCGCCAAAUACACAAAGCUCAUCACUUCUGCGCAGCCAGACGUUGUGUUAGUGGAAGAGGCCGGUGAGAUCCAGGAGAGCCACAUUCUCACUGCCUUGACUCCAUCCGUCAAACAGCUCAUUCAGAUUGGAGAUCACAAGCAGCUGCGACCCAAAAUCAACAACUACCAACUGACAGUUGAGAAGGGAGAGGGCUAUGACUUGAACCGCUCCCUGUUCGAGCGACUGAUUCUGCAGGGACAUCCGCAUACAACCCUGCGGAAGCAACACCGCAUGCAUCCGGACAUAUCACACCUUGUCAAAGAGCUCACAUAUCCAGACCUAGAGAACGGUCCGAAGACGUCAGCCCGUGAGCCCAUACGUGGACUCGAGGGCCGUGUCAUCUUCGUAAAUCACAACUACCCUGAGUUGCAGAACGAUAAGAUCGGCGAUCGCCGCGACCAGGACUCCAAGUCCAGCAAAGAAAACGACUUCGAAGCAAGGAUGGUUUUGAAAACGGUGAGAUUCUUGGCGCAGCAGGGUUACACUACGAAGAACAUGGUUGUUCUCACGCCCUAUCUCGGUCAGCUCCGACUCGUGAGAGACAUGCUCAUGGAUGAUGUUGACCCAUUGCUGAGUGACUUGGACUCUCAUGAGCUCAUCCAAGCGGGUUUGUUGACCAAGGCAGCUGCCAAGGUCAACAAGUCACCACUUCGUAUAUCGACAAUCGAUAACUACCAAGGCGAAGAGGCCGACAUUGUCAUUGUCUCCUUGACCCGGAGCAAUGCAAAUGGUGACAUCGGCUUCCUCGCAGCACGCGAGCGGCUGAACGUUCUUCUGUCCCGAGCACGGAAUUGCCUCAUCAUGUUUGGCAACAUGGAAACUUACAUGCACAGCAAGAAGGGAACAGAUACAUGGAACCCCUUCUUUGAUCUGAUGAGGGCAAAGAACCAUCUUCAUGACGGGCUGCCGGUCAAGUGCGAGAAGCAUCCUGACAGGAAGUUUCUUCUCAAGGAACCAGAUGACUUUGACAAGUGCUGCCCGGAUGGCGGGUGUACCGAGGCAUGUGAUGCUCCUCUCAAUUGCGGACUACACAACUGCAUCUUGCGCUGUCACCGAGUGGAUGACCAUUCCCAGAUGCCAUGCCCGCACAAGGUGGACAGGGUCUGCGACAGGGAGGAUCUGGAAACAGAGCGGAGGAUAAAGAGAGACCUGAAGCUCGAGGCUGACAGACAGGCUCGCGAGGCAGCAUACAAGAAGGAACUUGAAGAAAUCCAAGACGAGAUCGAUCACGAGCGGCGCAUGGUCAGAUACCGCAAUGACGAAGAAGAACAGCAGAGGACGCUGGCCCAGCAGCGUGCCGACCUUGCAGCGCUGAAGGACACUGCAGAACGGAUCCUCAAGGCUCCAAAGCCACAGAAUAAGCAGAAUAUGCCGGGCUCAUUUCCUGUAUUCGACCCUCCGACUCCCCCGACUGAUGCAGACUCUGCCGACAGUCUGGAAGGCCUCCCGGAGGGCCCGGAACAAGAAUGGAAAUACCUCAAGCAGCUCGAAGGGGCCAAGAGCGAGCCCUUAGACAAAAUGAUGGGCAUGAUCGGGCUCGAAGACGUGAAGUCGAGAUUUUUGUCCGUGAAGUCGAGGGUUGACACAGCGAUUCGGCAAGAUAUCUCACUUAGCAAGGAACGCUUCGGCUGUUCCAUGUUGGGUAAUCCUGGAACAGGGAAAACCACUGUUGCUCGACUCUAUGCUCAAUUUCUCACCUCGCUCGGCGUCAUCCCGGGGAGCUGCUUCAAAGAAGAGACUGGAGCUAGUUUGGCCAACGCAGGAGUAUCUGGCUGCAAGAACAUCAUCGAUGAGAUCCUGAAUGACGGCGGCGGCGUUCUUUUCAUCGACGAGGCCUACCAGCUGACAUCCGGGAAUAGCUUCGGUGGCGGGGCAGUCCUGGAUUACCUCUUGCCAGAGAUCGAGAAUUUAAAUGGCAAGGUGGUUUUCGUGCUCGCUGGCUACAACAAGCAAAUGGAGAGCUUCUACGCACACAAUCCCGGCCUGCCGUCAAGGUUUCCUAUCGAGAUGAAAUUCGACGACUACACUGAUGAGGAGCUGCUGCGCAUCUUUGAGCUUAAGAUGCAACAGAAAUACGGAGGUCGGAUGAAAUGCGAAGACGGCUUAAGGGGUCUCUACUGCCGGAUUGCGACAAGAAGAAUUGGCCGUGGCCGAGGCCGAGAUGGCUUCGGUAAUGCCCGGACGGUUGAGAACACCUUGGCCACAGUCAGCUCACGCCAGGCCGCAAGGCUGAGGAAGGAGCGGCGCGACGGCAAGAAGCCUGAUGACUUUUUGUUCACCAAAGAAGAUGUCAUAGGCCCCGAGCCAACGGAGGCCUUGAAAAAGAGCGAGGCAUGGAAGAAACUGCAGAGGCUCUUUGGUCUCACAGCCGUCAAAGAAGCAGUCAAGUCCCUUGUCGACAGUGUCAUGCAAAAUUAUACCAGGGAGCUAGAUGAGCAGCCACCCAUCGAAUACUCAUUGAACCGUGUGUUCUUCGGCAAUCCUGGCACAGGAAAGACAACCGUUGCCAAGCUGUACGGGGCUAUUCUUGUGGAUCUAGGGUUGCUCUCUAAGGGCGAGGUGAUUGUCAAGAACCCUUCAGACUUCGUCGGUUCCGUCCUCGGUGAAUCAGAGAAACAGACAAAAGGCAUACUAGCUGCAUCUUUGGGCAAGGUUCUUGUCAUUGACGAGGCAUAUGGGCUGUAUGGUGGCCAGGGGUCCACUGCAGACCCAUACAAGUCAGCUGUCAUCGACACCAUUGUCGCCGAGGUGCAAAGUGUCCCUGGAGAUGAUCGAUGUGUGUUGCUUCUCGGUUACAAAGAUCAGAUGAACACAAUGUUCCAGAACGUCAACCCAGGUCUCAGCCGGCGUUUCCCCAUCUCCUCGGCCUUCGAAUUUGAGGACUUCGACGACAAUGCCCUGCUCCAGAUUCUAAAUCUGAAGCUGAAGCAGCAGGGCUAUACUGCCACAGAUCAAGCCAAGCGGGUGGCAAUGGAAGUUCUCAGUCGUGCAAGAAACCGGCCAAAUUUUGGCAAUGCUGGCGAGAUAGAUAUUAUGCUUGAUGCAGCGAAGGCAAGACAUCAGGCGAGGUUGUCACGCAAGGAAACCACCUCCACCUCUACCCUCGAGGCGCUGGAUUUCGAUGAGAAUUUUGAUCGUGCUGAGAGAGCUGAAACCAACGUUUCCAAACUAUUCGAGGGGACUGUUGGUCAAGAGGACGUCAUCGCGAAGUUGCAGGCCUACCAAGAGACAGUUAAAACAAUGAAGUCCUUGGACCUGGACCCAAGGGAAGAUAUACCCUUUAAUUUCCUUUUCCGUGGGCCCCCAGGUACCGGCAAGACAACAACAGCGAAUAAGAUGGGCAAAGUAUUUUACGACAUGGGAUUCCUCGCCACGGCCGAGGUCGUGGAGUGCUCGGCGACCGAUCUCAUCGGUCAGUUCGUUGGUCAGACGGGACCCAAAGUGCAGGCGAAAUUGGACACAGCGCUGGGCAAGGUCCUCUUCAUCGACGAGGCGUAUCGCCUAAGCGAGGGCCACUUUGCCAAAGAAGCCAUGGACGAGCUAGUCGACGCGACGACAAAGGAGAAAUAUGCCAAGAAGCUGAUCAUUAUUCUUGCGGGCUACGAGAAUGAUAUUAAUCGCCUCAUGACGACUAACCCCGGGCUUACUUCUCGUUUCCCUGAGGUCAUCGACUUCCGGACUUUGCGUCCAGACGAGUGUGUAAAACUGCUCCUGCAGGCACUGAUGUCGCACAAGAGCCGUCUGGCGGGCCCAAUGUCAAAGAAGAAAGUCAACCUCGACGUUUCCGUGCUCCAGACGCUGGAGCAGCCUCUGGGAGCCAAGUUGAAUCACUUAUUCUCCGAGCUAGCCAAGCAGGAUAGCUGGGCGAGUGCCCGUGAUGUCAAGACUGUUGCCAAAAGUAUAUUCAGUGGCGUCAUCCAAGACAAGCAAGGUAUUGCGAAGGGCCACUUGACCGUCCGCGGAGACAUCAUUGAGGCGGAGCUGACGAAGAUGCUCCACGAGCGUGCGAGCAGGAGCGUGGAGAACAGCAGAUCAUCGCCUGCAUUGCAGGGGCUUGACCAAAUCCUUUCCCAAAUGCCACCGUCUCCUGCUGCGCCCGGGUUCAAGACCAAGACCACCACCAAACAGUCUUUCACAAGCCAUGAACCAACUGCACCAGAAGAGGGAGAAGAGCCCAGGAAGAAAGAAAAGCUUCCCAAUGAGGCUGUGAAGCCCUCCAGACGAGAGGCGACACGGGACGCAGGGGUCAGCGACGAAGUGUGGGAGCAGCUCCAGAGGGACAAGCAGGCCGAGGAGCAACGAGAGCAGGAAUACCAGGACCUCCUCAAGGCGCAGCGGACUGCCUCGGACGAGGCAAGGGAACAGAUCGUCAGGAAAUUGCUCGAGGAGGAGGAGCGCAGGCGGAAGGAGGAGGAGGCGCGGAAAAAGCUCGAAACGAUGGGGGUGUGCCCAGUCGGGUUCCCCUGGAUCAAGCAAGAUGGAGGGUAUCGCUGUGGGGGAGGGUCUCAUUAUAUGUCUGAUGCUGCUGUGAUGAAAUUAUGA